AUGCCGACACAAGGCAUCGCAGACCCGUACAGCACCCCCUUUGACUUCUGUACAGACGCCACAUACGACGCCGAGCGCUCCAGCGACCCGCCGCUGACGCCUAAAGAGCUGGCCACGCUGCCGCCGGUGCCGGCCGGCCCCGCCUACAAGGCGGACCCGCAAACCGGCAGGCGGGUGUACCGCUUCACGACCCAGGCCAACUGCACAUGCUCGCCUCGGAGCUGGGACCACUACGACCCGGUGACUGGCGCCCCGAACAGCAGCUUUGUAGGGUGCGCAGACUCCGACCCGUUGUACUUCCCGUUUGGCCCCUG